UUUCACUACACUGGAGAGGCUGGGUAAUGAUACUGCUUUAUGCAAGUUGUACCGGGGCUGAGAGCAACUAUUGAACCCUGUGCCAUGCUUUUAGCUGGGUAAUCAGCAGUCAGCGCCGCUCCCCUCUUUGUGAAGCAAGUUGUAACAGCUCUAGGAAGCCUAAGGGAUCUUGUAUUUUGAGAGGUGUGAAAACAGUGGCACCUCACGGCUGCGGGUCUGUCAACUCACAGUGUAACGGCGGAAAUUAAAGCCCGUAAUGUUCAAUCCGCACAUCCACCAGCAGCAGCAGCAACAGCAGCAACAGCAGCAACAGUUUCACCAGCACCUGCGGCAGCUACAGCAACUUUUCCAGCAGCAGCCUCCGCCUCCCCCGCCGCAGCCACCUCCGGGGCAUCAUGUCGCCCAUCACCACCACCAGACCCCGCGAGCUAUUCCCGUGGCUCCUCAGACAGCCCCUCCUCCCAGGAUGGUCAACCUGUGCCAGACGACUCAGACUACCAUCAUCGCCCCCAAUCCCAUGCUGCAAGGAGCCAUACUGAUGCAGCAGAUGCAGGGUAACAUGCGUAGCUUUGGAAUGGGCGGGCAGCAGUUCCGUCAGUUCUUCGCAUCUGGGGCAAGGUCGUCUCUGCUCGGGCCGGUUCCCAUGGGCAUGGCAAUCAAGUCCCCCAUCAUGGGUUUCCCAGCUGCACGACCCUUCCACCCGCAUGGACGAUACUACAACAACAACAACACCAGUACCACCACCACCGCCCCUUCCUCCUCCUCCUCCUCCGCCUCUUCAUCCACCAACACAGACACCACAGCUCGCCAGCCAGACAGGAAGCGAGACAGUGAGCAGAUGGCAGCAGGGAGCACAGACGACCAGCCAGCCGCUAGCAACACCAAUGAACCCGAUGAUAAGUCUCAGACAGAUGGUGCAGUGGGAAGAGUGGAUGGACCCAUGCAGAUCUUGGAGGGUCAACUUGGAGAACCUGCCAUGAAAAAGCAGAGGACAGAGGGGUCAGAGACUAUCAUUAUUGCAGAUACAGAAGGGGAGGUUGUUUCUUCAGAGUGUAACAGCAACACAGAGGAGAGCCAGCCUGAGGAUUGUGUCAUUCUAGAAGAAGGAGGCUCUACAGAGGAAUCAGAUGUUGUUGAGGCGCUGGAGGAGAAUAGAGCUGAUGAGGUGCACAGCUGUUUGUCGGCCCCGUCACCCUCUUGCAGGCUGAGUGAAGAUGACCAACAGGUUAAUUUACCCCCAGAGGGGAUCCCACAGGGAAAAGAUGCCCCCUUGGGUUCACCAGGCAACCAGGACGAAGGAGAGGAGUGCGUGGCGGAGGGCGCAAACAAGUUCUACUGCUACCUCUGUAGCAUUACCUGCCACAACCAGCAAAACUUCAGGAGUCAUAUGAACAGCGUUUCCCACCAGCAGAGGAUGAUGGAGAUCCAACAUAUGAGCAAUGCCUGUCUGGUCACGCUGCUGCCACGAGUGCAGGAGACUCUACAGGGAGCAAACAAAGAUGGAGAGAGAAAAGCAGACUUGAAGCGUUGGUGUGCCACCUGUCACACCCACUUUACCAGUAGCAUCAUGGACCACCGUCGCACCGAAGAGCACAAACUUGCCAGUAGAACUGCCAUUUCCUCCUGCACAGUCUGCAAGAAACACUUCAGGACCUCCCAGAUUUUUGUGGAGCACUUGCAGUCCCAGGAGCACAGACAGAAAAUGGAGAAGCUCCAGGAAAAGGAGGGCUGUGAGGCCUUGGCCAAGCUGACUGCCGUGGACACAGACGGCUUUUCGUUGGAAGAGGAGGAGGGCAGUGAGGUGGAGGAGGGAGAGGAAAGACUCGGGAAUGAAGGAGACCAAGAUUGCUCUGAGAAACAGGAGGGCUGGUCCUCCUUUAAAGAAGUGACUCUAAAGAAUAUGGCCAGUGAUGAGCAGUAUAACCCUGACACAGUUUACGGGUCCAGUUUCUUUGUUCCAGUCGCAGGUUUUAUCUGCAGACUCUGCAACAAGUUCUACCACUUUGAAUCUUCUGCCCUACACACCCACUGCAAAUCACUGACGCACUUUGAGAACCUCAAGAGGUACAGAACGUUGCUCAGUCAAAAGGGUGAAGCUGUUGAAUCUUCCAGAGAGUCUCUCCUAGCUACAGACAGCCUCAGGCCUGCAAUAGAAACCACCACAGACUGGUCAGAUGCAAAUUCCCUCUCCGAUGACAAUGGUUUAGUGACACACCUGAACUCCAUGCAACCCAUCAUUACACUCACCCGACUGAAAAUGCAGACAGAAAAACAGAAACAAGAGAAAGAAUCAGAACCCGACCAAACCUCACAGGACUUCACCACCCCCCCAGCGACCUGCGCUGGCAGCACAGACCAAGACCUCAGCCUCCACUGCCAAAAGGAAGAGACCCCAUGCCCGGCGCCUGUAGUUCAGGAGACCCCAUGCCCGGCGCCUGUAGUUCAGGAGACCCCAUGCCCGGCGCCUGUAGUUCAGGAGACCCCAUGCCCGGCGCCUGUAGUUCAGGAGACCCCAUGCCCGGCGCCUGUAGUUCAGGAGAGUCCUGCUGAGGUGCCUGUAGUUCAGGAGAGUCCUGCUGAGGUGCCUGUAGUUCAGGAGAGUCCUGCUGAGGUGCCUGUAGUUCAGGAGAGUCCUGCUGAGGUGCCUGUAGUUCAGGAGAGUCCUGCUGAGGUGCCUGCUGACAGCAGAGAGGAGCCAGUAUCCGAGCCGGCAGCUGCUGGUGAGGAUGCUAAUGUAGAGGAGAAAGAGAAGAAGGAAGUUCCUGCUGUCCCAGGGAAAAACAAUGGCACAGGGAAGGCAAAAACUGCGCCCAAACGCAGGUCAGGAAGGGCUGCAAACAGACGCUGAGUCAAAGUGCGAUGUGAAAAGACAGGAAACCUUUUACAACCUUAGGACAGGUUCUCAGCAUGUGAAGAGGUGCUUUCAUGAAACAGUGAUCAAGAAAUGAACAGCCCAGUCUCUCUCCAUGUUGAAAAGUAUGAAUUACAAACACACAAAUAGGAAAAAUUGGAGGACGCUUGAUGGUGAAUUGUGGUGGAACGUGACUUGUCAUGUGAGUUGCUCUCCCAGGGUGGGAAAUUAACGCCUGAUAGUUAUCAAAUGCAUUGAUGGUGGGUAAGCCUGUUAAUAUUGGCUCCCAGUUAGAAAAUGAUGUUCUUGAGUAGGUCCCCAGUCAUACCAUUGAAUUCCAGCAAUCAGAAUGGGAUCAUUAUAAAGUAUAAAUGACUAGUCCAAAACAAACCUCCUCGCUAAAAACUGCACUUAUGUUGAAUUAAAAAUAACAUUUAUAAAUAAGGAGAAGCUCUUCAUUUUGGAAAUCCACCACAAAACUUAGUACAAAUAAUGCUCUGUCUUAGUUCUAUAAUACAUAUUAAUAUUGAAGCAUAUUUUGAGUAUGGAGUAUGUUCACACUGGAAAGAGACUAAAAUCUCUAUGCUAACUAACUUUUUUUUUUUUUUUUUAAAUCAAGUGUGCUUUUGAUGGACACUAUUCUGCCACAGCUGCCAAACAUAAAAACAGAUGGUGGAUAGAAACAAAAUUGCAUUUUUGAAAGCCCCAGGGAACAGAAAAAUGACUAUUAAAUCCUUUGAAAAAUAUAUCUAUUCGAUCUGUUCGCUGCGUUUAAUUGGCAGUGACAGUCCAAAGUCGCAGUUAGAUUGACCUGCAUUGGCGCAUGUGUUGUAUAAAGUGAUUAAGAAUGUUUUUGUUUUUUUUAGCCACGCUAGUUGUGUGGCUCUUGGGAUAUUUCAGCCUGGACAACUACAACUGUUAGAUGAAUUGCAGUGGAAUUUUAUACAGAUAUUUAUGGUCGUCAGGGGAUGAAUCCUUGUAACUUUGGUUAUCCUCUGCCUUUUUCUUCUACUGCCAGCAUUCUCACUCAUACAGUGAAAUAUCACAAAAUGGAUUUGUACAGACAUUCAUGGUCCCCAGAGGAUAAUUCCUUUGGAAUUAAUGUAUUUUCCUUUGGCACAACCAGGAAGUUCACAUUUAUGUUUUUGAGUGAAAUGUCUCAACAACUUUUAGAUGGAUUUACUUGAAGUUUGAUACACACAUCAUCAAUGUUUCCUCAGGAUAAAAUGUAAUAACUUUGGUGAUGCUAUAUUUGUUGUCUAAAGCCACAAUCAGGUCAGACUUUAAAUUUGCUCAAUAAUUUGUCUUUUGACUGAAUACUUGAAAAGCUAAUGACAUUUCCAUCAGCCUCAGCCGUACAUAUCAGAUUUACAAAGCAAAGCUGUAGACUCUUAGUCUUGUUCGGACACUGACUGCGAAAAUGUUGCAGUAUAAUAUAACACCUAUAGUCUAUACAGGUAGUAAGUAGUACGAACUGGGGCCCACUGUCUGACUUAAAAUCAUAGAAGCUAAAUGCAAAUUUAAGAUACAGAAUUUUAAAGGUGUAGAAUGACGUGAAUUUUCUAAACACUUGAGACCACUUUUCAGGUUGUCCUAUCUGCUUUUUUUUUUUUUCCCCCCCACCCACCUUUUAUUCCUAUGUAUGGCAAACACUGCAAUUGUCUCUGACCCCCUAGAUGAACAGUGUCCAGGCUUCUUAAAUGUGGCUGUGCUAAAGAAAAGACAGUGACUGGUAGAUUUUCUUUCCAGCAGUCUCUCUGGCUGGUUCACCAAAAUGUUAAUUUCCCACCCUGCUGUCCUCGAGGAUCAGGAGGUUGAUGAGGGCUGACUGUCAGUUUUUGCAAAUUCUCUACCUAGCUAGAUUAAUGAUUCUUAACUUAUAGUAACCUACAAGUGUACAGGACUGUACCGAUAAAGUGGAGCCAUUUUCCACAUUGCUAACCACUUAGCACACUCUUUUAGCAAGCUGAAAUGUAGAAUGUAACCAAAUUAAGUGUGCAAGCAGGUAAAAAAGUGUUAAAAUGAUACUUUGGCUUGAUUUUUGACAAAGGCUGAAUCUUAAAACCGAUAAUAGUUUUGUUCACAGCAUUUUUAUAAUUUUUUUUUUUUUUU